CAAAUAUAACUAUUAGACAAUAUCAACUUCAUCUUCAGAGCAAGAGAGUGAGAAAUGGAGGGGAAGGAGGAAGAUGUUGCGUUAGGAGCCAACAAAUUCCCAGAGAGACAACCCAUUGGAACUGCAGCUCAAAGCCAAGACGAUGGCAAAGACUACAAGGAGCCACCACCGGCUCCACUCUUCGAACCCUCCGAGCUCACAUCUUGGUCUUUCUACAGAGCAGGCAUAGCAGAGUUUGUCGCCACUUUUCUGUUUCUCUACAUCACCAUCUUAACUGUCAUGGGUGUCAACAAAGCUGACUCCAAAUGCAAAUCUGUUGGUAUUCAAGGAAUCGCUUGGGCUUUUGGCGGCAUGAUCUUCGCCCUCGUUUACUGCACCGCUGGCAUCUCUGGGGGUCAUAUAAACCCGGCUGUGACAUUUGGCUUGUUCUUGGCGAGGAAAUUGUCAUUGACUAGGGCGGUGUUCUACAUGGUGAUGCAGGUGCUUGGUGCUAUCUGUGGAGCUGGUGUGGUCAAAGGUUUCGAGGGGAAAGCCAUGUACGGAAAGUACAAUGGUGGUGCCAAUUUUGUUAACAAAGGUUAUACUAAAGGUGAUGGACUUGGUGCUGAAAUUGUUGGUACAUUUAUUCUUGUCUACACCGUCUUCUCUGCCACUGAUGCAAAGCGUAACGCCAGAGACUCUCACGUCCCUCUUUUGGCACCUUUGCCAAUUGGGUUCGCUGUGUUCUUGGUGCACAUGGCCACCAUCCCAAUCACUGGAACCGGUAUCAACCCUGCUCGUAGUCUCGGUGCUGCCAUCGUUUUCAACAAAGACCUUGGCUGGGAUGAUCAUGUACUGGAUUUUCUGGGUGGGUCCUUUCAUUGGAGCAGCUCUUGCGGCUCUUUACCAUCAAGUCGUAAUCAGAGCCAUUCCCUUCAAAUCCAAGUGAUUGCUGAUUUUCUUCGUUAAUCAAGUGUGGGGGUAAAAAACACAACUCCAAAGCCGAGUUUAUAGGUUUCAUUUCAUCGUCAUCUGUUUUUUUUUAACUUUUUGAAUAUUAAACCUUCUAAUCUGUAAGUAAAGAAUGUAACGUAAUAUUAUGAUUAUUACUUAUUAGGUGGUGCUUGUGUUGGGUGAUGGGGGCCAGUUUUUCUCUUUUAAGUUGGAAGAUGGCCAAGCCCAUGUGUGAUGUAUCGCUGUGAUUGCGUGUACUUUAUCAAAUAAUAAAAAAAAAAAAAAAUUGGUUU